AUGGCCUUGGGAAAGAAGAAAGAUGCCUCUCUCGUAGGACAUGUCUCAGGACAGUCAAACAAGCCCCUCUCCAAGCCCGCCUAUGCCCUCACCUAUCAAGAGGUCCUCGACGAACUCGGAUGUCACGGCGAUGAUGGCUUGACCACCGCUGAAGCCAAAGCCCGUCAUGACGAGUUUGGCAACAAUGACCUUGGGAAAGAUAAGGGCGUCCAGCCCGGCAAGAUCCUCCUGCGCCAGGUCGCCAACGCCAUGACAUUGGUCCUGAUCUUAGGAAUGGCCGUCAGUUUUGGCAUCAAGUCCUGGAUUGAGGGUGGGGUCGUUGCCGCCAUCAUCAUCAUCAACAUUGUCGUCGGUUUCUGGCAGGAAUUCCAGGCGCAGAAGACCAUGGAUUCUCUCAGAUCGCUCAGUUCGCCUACCGCCAAUGCUGUCCGCGACGGAAAGACCGUCACUAUCCCCACCGCUGAGAUUGUCCCUGGCGACAUGGUAGAAAUGAAGACUGGUGACACGAUCCCAGGUGACGUUCGUCUCAUUGAAGCCGUUAACUUCGAAACUGACGAAGCUCUCCUCACCGGCGAGUCUCUCCCUGUUUUGAAGGAUGCUGAUGCUAUCUUCCCCGUCCCCACCGGCCCUGGCGAUCGCCUGAAUGUCGCUUACAGCUCCUCCACUGUCACCAAGGGCCGUGCCAGAGGUGUCGUAUACGCAACCGGCUUGUACACGGAAAUUGGCUUCAUUGCCUCGUCUCUGCGCAACUCGGACAAAAAGAAGAGGGAAGUCAAGCGAAAUGAGAAAGGAAAAGCUGGGCUCCAUCGAUAUGCUCAGGCCUGGGGGCUAACUGCGGGCGAUGCCAUUGGGCACUUCCUGGGGGUCAACAUUGGCACUCCCCUCCAAAAGAAGCUGUCCCGCCUGGCACUGCUGCUUUUCGGAAUUGCCGUUGUCUGCGCCGUCAUUGUCAUGGCCGCCAACAAAUUCUCCAACAAUCAGGAAGUCGUCAUCUACGCUGUGGCUACUGGCCUGAGUAUGAUUCCUGCUUCUCUCAUCGUCGUCUUGACAAUCACAAUGGCUGCCGGAACAAAACGCAUGGUGGAGAGGCACGUCAUUGUCCGCAACCUGAAGUCUCUGGAGGCUCUAGGAGGUGUUACUGAUAUCUGUUCGGAUAAAACCGGCACACUUACUCAGGGCAAAAUGGUCGUCAAGAGGGCUUGGAUUCCCGCAAAGGGCACUUAUGGCGUUGGAAACACGAAUGAGCCCACAAACCCCACCGUCGGCGACCUCACCUUUACCGCGAAGCCACCAAAGGAGGUAGAUUUCGAGAAGAUUGAGCAAGCCCACCGCAGUGAGGAUCUCCUGAACAACAACGACGAUCUGCUCGAGUUCCUGAAGAUUGCGUCGCUUGCCAACUUGGCCCAUGUUCAUCAAAUGGAGGACGGUUCCUGGACAGCCCGUGGUGACCCUACCGAAAUUGCUAUUCAGGUUUUCGCCUCUCGCUUUCAUUGGAAUCGCCUCAGCCUUACACAAGGUGAAAAGCCGCAGUGGAAGCAACUAGCUGAAUUCCCGUUCGAUUCCGACGUGAAGAAGAUGUCCGUAAUCUAUGAACACGAAGAGACCGGAAAGAAGUUCGUCUUCACCAAGGGCGCUGUGGAACGUGUCAUCUACUCUUGCCCACGUUAUUUCCCGAAAGACAGCGAGACGCCCGCUGAUUUGACUGACGAGGUCCGUGAGGAUAUUCUCGUCAACAUGGAAGCAUUGGCCCGUCAAGGUCUCCGUGUUUUGGCGCUGGCGAGCAAGGAUUACGAAGGCGAGGUCGCCAAAAACCAGGAGAUCAGCCGUGAUGGCGUAGAGGACAACCUGACCUUCCGUGGUCUCGUCGGUCUUUACGACCCGCCCCGCCCUGAAUCCGCUCGCUCGGUGCGCUCUUGCCAGAGGGCUGGCAUUACAGUCCACAUGCUUACUGGUGAUCACCCUGGCACGGCUCGAGCCAUUGCGGCGGAAGUCGGUAUUCUGCCCUCCCAUAUGUAUACUCUGGCAAAGGAUGUCAGUGACGCCAUGGUUAUGACAGCAAGCCAGUUCGACGCUCUUUCGGACGAUGAGAUUGACCAGUUGCCUCUCCUGCCCCUGGUCAUCGCCCGUUGCGCUCCUAACACAAAGGUGCGGAUGAUUGAAGCCCUGCACCGCAGGAAGGCAUUCGCUGCUAUGACUGGUGAUGGUGUCAAUGACUCUCCCUCUCUCAAGCGCUCUGACGUCGGUAUCGGUAUGGGAACUGGUUCCGAUGUCGCCAAAGACGCAUCCGAUAUCGUCCUUUCCGACGACAACUUCGCCUCAAUUCUAAACGCUAUUGAAGAGGGUCGCCGCAUGUUUGACAACAUCCAGAAAUUCAUUCUGCAUUUGCUCGCGCAGAACGUUGCUCAAGCCGUUACUUUGCUGGUUGGUCUCGCUUUCAAGGAUCAGAACAACCUGUCCGUGUUUCCUCUCUCCCCUGUAGAAGUCAUGUGGAUCAUCAUGGUUACCUCUGGUCUCCCGGAUAUGGGUCUGGGCUUUGAAGUGGCGGCGCCCGAUGUUCUCAAGCGCCCCCCUCAGGAUCUCAAACGUGGCGUCUUCACCCUCGAGGUCAUGCUCGACAUGGUGGUCUAUGGCUUGUGGAUUGCGGCCCUCUGUCUAGCCGGCUUCGUCCUCGUCCUUUACGGUUGGGGCAAUGGCGAUCUCGGCGACAAUUGCAACGAGCACUACACAUAUCGCUGCGACACCGUGUUCCGCGCACGAGCGACAUGUUUCGCCUGUCUCACCUGGUUCUCCCUCUUUUUGGCGUGGCAGAUGGUUGACAUGCGCCGGUCUUUCUUCCGCAUGCAGCCGGGUUCCAAUAAGUACUUCACGCAGUGGUUCCACGAUGUCUGGCGGAACAAGUUCCUUUUCUUCGCCAUCAUAGCCGGCUUCAUCACCAUUUUCCCUGUUCUCUACAUCCCUGUCAUCAACGAGACUGUCUUCAAGCACAAGGGAAUCAGCUGGGAGUGGGGAAUCGUAUUCGUCAACACGUUUUUGUUCUUCCUGGGUGUCGAGUCUUGGAAGUGGGCCAAGCGCGUGUAUUUCCGCAGGCAGGACAAGAAGAAGGGCGUUCGCAGGGGAAGCAUCGAUCUCGAGACUCGUGUUUUCGAGAGAUAUCUGUCCCAGGGCGUGUCCGUUGAUGAGGAGAAGCAAUAAUGUGGAAGCCAGCUGUUAGCGAAUGGCUGUCUUGGUUUCGGUUUCGAAUUGCAUGGAAGUAAUGGUAUGAUACCCCUCUCCGGAUGGUGAGAGGUAGUUUGAGGGGGAUCGCGAGGCGGAUACCACGAAACGGCGGCUCAACCUGACAGUUGAAGGAAAGGCGCGGAGUAGAGGGGAAUUGGAGGCCUGUAUAGCGCAAGGUCCUUCUGAUGAGGGUGCGGAAGCAUGUUGCGGAAGCAUGUUGCGGAAGCAUGUUGAAGGGCCUAACGUAGAGCCGUUAUUCAUGAGCGGGGUCUGGUGCUACAUCUACGCGAUAUAUCCAAUAUGACCUAACACUGAUCGACU